AUGGCGGACCCUCUGAGUAUGGCGGCAUCAAUUGCCGGCCUGAUCUCGCUUGCCCAAGGAGCGUUCAGCGCCGCAGUUGCCAUGAACUCUUACAUCCAUGACGUGCGCCACGAACAUGAGGAGCGAGGCGAGUUCUGUGAGAAGUUCAGGCGCAUUAUAGCCAACCUGGAGGGCCUUUCCAAGAGACUUGAAUACAUCGAGACCCAGUUUGACCCUGGCACCGCUUCCAGGUCGAAGGAAAGCACGUUCCCAGGGAUGGGAAUUAGCGGCGGUGAACGACUACUUGCCAUAUCACAGGCCAUUCGCGAGCCUGGUGGUGAUUACGAAAAGUUAAAGAAGAAAUUGGAGCAUAUCAAAUUUGGGUUGGAACGCUUGGCCCAAUCCAAAUAUGAGAUACUAAACCGCCGCCUGAAGUGGACAUUGAAGAAGAAGAAGCUAGCAAAGGAGCAGGAAGAAAUUAUCCAGCUGGUCAAUUCCAUGAGACAACUGGUCUCGGACGGCGAUUCUCAGAGUGUUCUGGCCGAGGCCGUCGCCGCGAAGCUGCGACAAGUCAAUGACCCACUUGGGACGCCCGUCCUCUCCAUAUUUUUCCAUUCCAAGCAAGGAGCCCGUCAGACACUGAACAACGUGUUUUGUAGCCUGUUGAGACAGAUCCUCAACAAAAAACGCUCCAACGGCAUUAUCGAAAUCCCACACGAAAUUACCAGCCUGUGGACCGAGUCCAGAUCCACCGGCAGGCGGGGUCUGUCGGAAGAUCAGGCUAAAGAAAUACUCCGAGAUCAGCUGGCCAUGUUCCCAACCAAGUUCCUCAUCAUAGAUGCCAUUGACGAAGCGGAAGGCUGCAUAGACAGCAUCGACUAUGAAAUCAAACAGCUCCGGCACCAGGGUGUUUGUAUCCUGAGUACCAACCGCUGGGAACCUCGUGUUAGUUAUGAUGCCGCAUAUUGUCAAGAGUGUGGAACCGGGCCUCUGGACCUAGCAUGGCUAUGCAGGAAGUGUGUCGGCCACUUUGGCGAGAAGAUAUGGCUCUGUGGGGAGUGCCACAAUGUCAAAGGGAUUCGUUGUUUUGAUCCGAGCCACGUAAUGAUGCCACCGAUGAGAGUCAACGUGGAGAUCCAAGCAUCCCGGGAAGACAUCGCACUCCACGUCACCAAAUUCCUCAACGACAACUUCAGUGGCGGUGACAUUGGGGAUGAUGACGACAUGUUUUCCGGCAACGUCCCAUUGUUGGCAGCCCUGAGACAGAGACUGGGGCCCGAAUUCUGGGACUCAUUGCCAGAAAAGGUCAGCGAGGCAGCUGGCGGGAACUUUCUGUAUGCCCGACUGUUUCUUGAGCGACUGAGACUGCAGAGGAACCUCGACGGCGCCGUCUCCCUCACACAGCAGCUUUCCUCCGGGGAAAUGGAUGACCUCGAAGGGCAAUACGACGACAUGAUCAGAUUGUGCUUGGAGAAAAACGAUAAAUAUGGUGCGCAGGUGGUCAGGGAGCACCUUGCCAUCGUGGCAACUGCGCACGAGGUGCUCACCUUUGAGCAGCUGUCCCACGCAACGGCCAUCAGCCCCGAAGACAAAGCAUUGGAUGACUUCAUUGGACGCCUCUGCAGCAAGGAAAUUGUUCGACGUGACACGCACGGUCUUCUUACUAUCAAGGCCGUCGGGGCUGCAGACUCGUUCCCUGUUGGCUUCUUUCACCGAUCACUUACGACCUACAUGGAAGAGCACCAGUCCAAAUGGUUGCCUGAAGCGACACAAAUGAUGCUCGAUUCAUGCCUGUCGUACCUAAGCCUCGAUAUUUUCUCGCGCCCUUUCCAAUCCCGUGACGAGCUGGAGAAGACCCUAGAGAAGCACCCAUUCGCCUCCUACGCUGCAUGUUAUUUGGGCUUCCACGCCGAAAGCGCACAGUCGACAGUGCAGAACAGUCUUCGCGUGUUGAAGUUUUUGAGUGACCAGAAUCGUCUCGCCUGUGCGAUGCAGAUUGCAUCGAGGACCCGGCCCUUCGAAUACGCGUCCUGGGAUGUGGCUGGGGGCAUUACUGGGCUUCACUUUUGCGCCUUCUACGGCUUGGAGACCCAGUGCCAGGCAAUUCUCACCUUCGACCCUGCCAGCGUAUCCACCGGUGACAAUUUAUACAACCAGACGCCUCUGACAUAUGCCUGCCGCAACGGACACAUUGGGACCGCACGCUUGCUUCUGGAUGCUGGUGCAGGCCCUAACCAUCUCAGUAAGAAGGGAAAAUCGCCUCUGAUAGAGGCUAUCGAGAGCUUCGAUAUCGACAUGCUAGAUCUCAUGCUGAGCCGGGCGGACAUAGAUGUCAACGCCAGAGCUCCUGGCCGGGGGGGCACAACCGCCCUGGUCAGAGCUGCAGAGCUGGGCCACGAUUCCGCAGUAGAAAAGCUGCUGGCCCGCGCCGAUCUUGAUGUCAACAAGCCAGAUGGCUGGGGCUGCACUGCAAUAUCAAGAGCAGUGGAGAGCGUCGAGAUGGGUUGCGUGCGCCUGCUGCUCCGCUGUGACGCGACCGACCUUACUGUGACAGAUCUACUGGGAGGUCGAUCAGCUCUGGACUGGACCGCGGAAGAGAGUGUCAGCUCACUAUUCACCGACGAGGACAUAGAUGAGGUGGCUAAGGCCCACGUGGAAGCAGUUGUGUUCCUUCUUGACUCUGGUGCCGACUUCGACCUAGAGGAUGACGAUGGUCUCAACGCAGUGGCGAUGGCGAGGUCCGCGUCCCCAGGGCUCUGGACCACGCAUGUCAGACCUGUAUUCGCAGCAAGGAGAGUCACAACCCAGGCAACACUCGAUACUUCACGGCCAACGCUCCUGUCAACUCUCCAGACGGGGGACCUCAGCGUGGUUGAAACCGUCCUGAGCGGCACGUCUGGCCCUCUUCAUCCCGAAACAGACCGUUACACAGGAUACACCCUCCUCUAUCGGGCAAUCGAGCUCCAGAAACCCCAAGACACGAGCUUUCUGGCGCUACUACUCCCGAGAAGCGGACACUUCCUGUCCGCAAAGUGCAACCUGGGACGCACCUGCGCGCACCUCGCCGUCCUCAAAAACUCACAAGAAGCCCUCCGACUCCUCACAGACGCCGGGAUCGACCUGGACGCAACGGACAGCUGGGGCCAGACGGCCCUGCAGCUGGCGCAGAGCUACUUCCGCGACGAGAUGUGCGUCCACCUCAUCAGCAAGGGCGCGGCGCUCCCCGGCGCCGCCCACGAGAUCCGCCCCACGCUGCUCCACGCGGCCGUGGCGUGCGGCGACGUCCGGGCGGCCGGGCGCCUCAUCGCGGCGGGGGUCGACGCGGACCACCGCGACCCCGCGUCCGGGAUGACCGCGCUGCAGCUGGCGGAGGAGCUGCUCCGGCAGGCGCGGCAGGACGCCAUCGACGGCUUGGUCGGCCGGUGGGAUGCUGCGGACAUGGUCAGCGAGGGGGUGUUCGAGGCGAGGAUAGCAGAAUCGCCUGAGUUUAUCCGGCGAAAGCAGGUUAGGGACUUUUUCAGGGAUUCACAGAGACCCGAUCCGGGGCUCGGGGCCCUGGGAAAUCACCCUUGGCCUCGGGAGGAUUUCGAAAAGGCACUAGUCGCUCUGCAUAGCAUGGAUCCAAAGAGGAUAUUGACGCCCGCGGACUGGCUAAAGAAGCCGGCCGACGAUGGUCGAGCAAUACCAAACGGAAUGGUGCCUGAGUUCCCGCAAAGAAGGUUGUUACCCACCUCACACAAGGCUGAGGCUGAGACAGCACUUCAUGAGGACGGCGACUCUCGUCUUGAAUCUGCCUCAAUGGCUGUUUCUUCUUUUAAUUUGAAGAAAAACUUGACGGCUUAUGCUGAGUGGGACAUGCGGAUUAUGGGACUGCUGCUUGCUGGAACUAUUGGGUGGCUCAUUGCCAUAGCCACCCGGCUCCUUGGUUGA